GCGAUGCACGCCGGGAGCUGUAGUUCUCGGGAGAGGCGGUUGGCGGCCCCAGACCUAGCUCGGGCCUCACCCGGAUGGCGGCUGAGACGCGUGGCCGCCGGCCGUGGGGCUCGCGCCUCCUCGGGCUGCUCGGGCUGGUUUCGGUCUCGGUCGCGGCCGCCGCCUGGGACUUGACUUCAUUGCGCUGCAGCUUCGGCACCUUCUGCGAAUGUGACUUCCAGCCCGACUUCCAGGGUCUGGAGUGUGACCUGGCCCAGCACCUGGCAGGCCAGCACCUGGCCAAGGCGCUGGUGGUGAAGGCGCUGAAGGCCUUCGUGCAGGACCCGGCCCCCACUAAGCCGCUGGUCCUCUCCCUGCACGGCUGGACAGGCACUGGCAAGUCCUAUGUCAGCUCCCUGCUGGCGCACUACCUCUUCCGGGGUGGCCUCCGCAGCCCCUAUGUGCACCACUUUUCCCCUGUCAUCCACUUCCCCCAUCCCAGCCACAUGGAGCGCUACAAGAAGGACCUGAAGAGCUGGGUCCAGGGGAACCUCACGGUUUGUGGCCGCUCCCUCUUCCUCUUUGAUGAGAUGGACAAGCUGACCCCAGGCCUGAUGGAGGUCCUACAACCUUUCCUGGGCUCCUCCUGGGUUGUGUAUGGGACCAACUAUCGCAAAGCCAUCUUCAUCUUCAUCAGCAACACUGGUGGUGAGCAGAUCAACCAGGUGGUACUGGAGGCAUGGCGCAGCCGCCGGGACCGCGAGGAGAUCUGCCUGCAGGAGCUCGAGCCAGUCAUUGCCCAGGCGGUGCUGGACAACCCCCACCACGGCUUCUGGCGCUCGGGCAUCAUGGAAGAGCAUCUCCUGGAUGCCCUGGUGCCCUUCCUACCGCUCCAGCGGCACCAUGUGCGGCACUGCGUGCUCAACGAGCUGGCCCAGCUGGGCCUGGAGCCAAGGGACGAGGUUAUCCAGGCUGUGCUGGACAGCACCGUCUUCUUCCCUGAGGACGAGCAGCUCUUUUCCUCCAAUGGCUGCAAGACUGUGGCUUCCCGAAUUGCCUUCUUCCUCUGAUUCUCUGGCAUCCUUGUCCUCCCCACCUGGCCAGGCCAUGCAGGAAAGCCCUGGGGCCUUUGCCAGAGGGACCCUUGUCCUGACCUCCUGGAGAGUGGGACCUAGAGCACAAAUUGAAGAUGAGGAGAAGUGUUGGCUAGGCCAUGAGACAGAGGGUCAGGGGGCCUCUUAGCUGGUCUGAGGACAUCGUGGCCUUUGCUUCCUGCCCCGGGGGAAAGUGCUGGUCACCCCAGAACCUCAAUGAGUCUUGACCUCACCCUGCAGCCUGAGCCUUCUUAAAUGUGAAUUGUAACUCAGGGACUGUGGCUCCUGGCUGCUCCCUCCCUCCUCAGCCUUUUCCCCUUAGCCCCUUGCCCUGCUACCAUAUCCCACACCCUGUCCCAGUAUUGUAAGCCAGGCUGAGACUUCUCAGUCCCCAAGGAUGAAGGGACUCAAGCUGCCACUUGGGCCUGGUUUUUAAUGUUUUUAAUUUUGUAAAAGAAGAGAACAAAUACAAUAAACUUAGCCAUGGGACCAGAGCA